GCACACCAGUCCAGGCAGCACCGGACUGUAACUCAGGCCUGGUUUCUGGUAAAUCAAUAUUCCUAGCCCACGUCAUGGCUCUAUUAGCCUCUGGAGUAUUUCUCCUGCAGUUUGAAUAAAGGUAAUGUAUCUCUAAUCUUUAAGGUAUCAAUUUUAAAUAAAGAGAAUAUGAAAAUGUUUGGACAUUCACAACAAGAACAACAUCACAAAAAUGAUAAUUUAAAAGUGGAUUGCUUUGCCUAUACUGCCCAGGGUUCCCCACUCGAAGCUUAAAAAAAAAAAAACAAGGUUCCUUUCAAUGAUAACGAGACGUUGGUACAGAAAUUUUUUAUAGAAGAUAUAGCUUUGCCUUUGAUAUUUUAGUGAAGGGAAAUCAUGUGAAUAGCAAACGGACAACCCAGUCAUUGACAAUGCAGAGGGUGACAUGUCUUUGUCUCUUAAAAUAACAGGACAAAAUGAAUUUCUUCCUUAAAAAGUAUCUGUUUCUAGUUAUCUCGACAAAAUAAAAUCACGAGCUAAGACGUAUUUUUUUUUUAAAAAGGAUCAAUCAUUCGAAACCUUGAAACAGCUGUAUGUUUGUCUAAUUCGAUACACGUCUUUCAGGUGUAACCUAAAAUUGCGUCUAUUGUAUGAUUUCAUCUAGACUCAUCUAGCCAUUCCACUUCUUUUAAAGUGUCCCCUUUUUAAAAAUAAAGUAGCAAUUUAGAUUUCGCAAAAAUUUCAUUUUAAACGUCAUUUGCAGUUCAACACUAUUUAAUUAAAUAUAGGGCUGCACUGUAAUAAUAAUAAUAAUAAUAAUAAUAAUAAUAAUAAUAAUAAUAAUAAUAAUAAUAAUAAAAAACAUGGUUAAAAAUUAUUUUUAACAAAAAAAAAAAUAAUUGUCUAACACGAAUGUAAGGAUGUACGCCGGUUUGAAAAACCGAAUCUGAUGUCAAAAUCUGCACAAAAUUUACCUACGACACACAUAUUAAUCAAUCUUGGUCGUCACUAGGAAUUCGGCUGAUGUUUUAUCUAUUGGCUUUUAAGGUUCCCAACACACUGACAAGGCAGUGAGCUUUUUAUUCCCACAUGUAUAAGUGCAAGCUUCUAACACGGGCUUAGACUAGCGUGUGUGGUAGUGAAGUGUUUGUGAUUUAGCCACUCCACAACAAACCCAAUUCUCAAUCAACGAUGUAUAAGAAAGGCCAUAAAUAAAACUUAGAGUUAAAAAUGAAAGAAUACUUUAUUCUCUUGUGUCAGAUAAUUAACAUUAACGUGUCAAUAUAUUUUUUAUUGUAGAUUAAAAAUCUGGAUUACUUCAAUACAAAUGGGUAACCACAAUGCUUCACCAGCAACAAGAGCUGUACGAGAGCUCAUAGCUGCACGAGAGAGCAGAGCCGUACCAGCGAUCAGAGCUUUACGAGAGCUCAUAGCUGCACGAGAGAUCAGAGCUGUACCAGAGAUCAGAGCUGUACCAGAGAUCAGAGCUGUACCAGAGAUCAGAGCUGUACCAGUACCACAGACCACCAAUGUCACUCAUUCACGAACUGGAGAGCUCGUCAGACAUUUACUCCAUUGCCAAGUAUGUGGCCAGAGAUACAAUUUGGUGGACCGCAGGCCCUUGGUGCUGCCCUGCAGUCAUGUCAUCUGCCAAAUGUGUAUACGAGAACACUACACAACUGAGCAGUCAGACUGCCCCAACUGUUCUGAGCCUUUCAACGCAAGUCUGUCCAUCCUACGCCUGGACCCGCACAUUGUCAGGAUGAUAGAGUUUUUAAACAACCACCAGAUGAAUAUAUGCCAUCAACAUGACCAUCAACUUCUGAACUUUUUCUGCAAAACCUGCUUCAGUCCGGUCUGCCCCGAUUGCGUGAUUUUAAGCCACAGGGAAUCAGAAGGUCACGUGGUUAUAUCCAUAGACAUGGCGAUCGAAGAGAAUUUUACUCUCUUUGAUGACAUAGAAAAUACAAAGACCGAGGCGCUGAGAGAUUUCCAAGACGCGCUGCUAGGGUAUGACGACUUGAUGCAGACGUUGGCCACCGAUGAGCCGAACAACGACCUACAAAUACAGAACAAAUUUGAUGAGCUGCGUACACUGCUUGCACGGCGUGAGACAACUUUACGCUUGGAGCUGAGAAGGAAGAGCGAAGAGCAAAGGUCAGAGUUGCAGUCAGAACACGCCAAAGUUGAAAGUGAUAUUCAGGAGCUCUUGAGGCUUUUGGGGGAUUUUAGAACUGCAAGACGCGAAGGCAAUGUUCGGAAUGUCUUCAGACUGCUCAAGGAACUUCAGAGCCAAGCUUUCGAUGAAAGACUCAACGGCUGGGAGCCACAGUUUUUCCAACAUUUCACAGCCCCCGAGUUUCAGCCUAGUAAUGAAGAGAAGCUGGUAGAUGCAAUUAAUGAGUUUGGAGAGAUCAAGGUUUGCUGCGUGAUUAUUUAA